AUGGGGGAGGUGGAGCCGGGGCCCGCGGGCCCGCUGGAGCCCCCGGAGCCGCCUGAGGCGCCCGCGAUCCGCCAGCCGGGAGGAAUCCGGGUCCUGAAGAGAAAUAUGAAACGCAAUGGAAGCAGAAAUUGUUUGACUAGGAGAAGUAGGUUUGGUUCUCGAGAAAGAGACUGGCUGAGAGAAGAUGUGAAGAGAGGCUGUGUUUACCUGUAUGGCGCAGAGACCAGCACUGCCACUCCAGCCACCGCCUCCUCUACUUCCUGCUCCUCCUCCUCCUCUGACUUACAUCUUGUCCUUUGCACAGUGGAGACACCAGUGUCAGAAAUAUGUGCUGGAGAGGGAAGAGAAAGUCUAUAUAUACAGCUUCAUGGAGACCUGGUCAGGAGACUGGAGCCUACUGAACGACCUCUUCAGAUUGUUUAUGAUUACUUGUCCAGGCUGGGAUUCGACGAUCCUGUGCGCAUACAAGAGGAGGCUACUAAUCCUGAUCUUGGCUGUAUGAUUCGAUUUUAUGGUGAAAAGCCAUGCCAGGUGGAUCAUCUGGAUCGGAUCCUGCUGUCUGGUGUAUAUAACGUGCGUAAGGGAAAGACCCAGCUGCAUAAGUGGGCGGAACGCCUAGUUGUCCUCUGUGGUACCUGCCUUAUUGUUUCCUCAGUGAAAGAUUGUCAAACUGGAAAGGUGCACAUUUUGCCUCUGGUUGGGGGAAAGGUAGAAGAAGUGAAGCGCCGGCAACACUGCCUUGCAUUCAGCUCAGCUGGAGCCCAAGCCCAGACCUAUCAUGUCAGCUUUGAGACUUUGGCCGAGUACCAGCGAUGGCAGCGGCAGGCGUCCAAGGUGGUGUCGCAGCGCAUCAGCACUGUGGAUCUCUCCUGUUACAGCCUCGAGGAGGUUCCUGAGCAUCUCUUCUACAGUCAAGAUAUCACCUACCUCAACUUGCGACACAACUUCAUGCAGUUAGAAAGACCGGGGGGCCUCGACACACUCUACAAAUUUUCUCAGCUGAAGGGCCUGAACUUAUCCCAUAAUAAGCUUGGAUUCUUUCCUGUGUUGCUAUGUGAGAUCUCUACUCUGACUGAACUCAACCUCUCCUGUAAUGGAUUUCAUGACCUGCCAAGUGAAAUUGGAAAUCUGCUAAAUCUUCAAACCCUUUGUCUUGAUGGCAACUUUCUGACUACUUUACCUGAAGAAUUGGGAAAUCUGCAACAACUUUCCUCCCUGGGAAUUUCCUUUAACAACUUUAGUCAAAUUCCUGAGGUUUAUGAGAAACUCACUAUGGUGGAUAAAGUUGUUAUGGCAGGAAAUCACCUGGAAGUCCUAAGCCUAGAGGUGCUGAACCGGAUGAGCCAUGUCAAGCAUGUGGAUUUAAGGAUGAACCAUUUGAAAACCAUGGUUGCUGAAAAUCUGGAGGGAAAUAAACAUAUCACCCACAUGGAUUUGCGGGAUAAUCAGCUGACUGACUUGGAUCUCAGCUCCUUGUGUAGCUUGGAGCAGCUGCAUUGUGAGCGGAACCAGCUGAGGGAGCUGACGUUGAGUGGCUUCUCCCUUCGAACUCUCUAUGCCAAUUCGAACAAGCUGACAGCAGUAAAUGUGUAUCCAGUUCCUAGUCUUCUCACUACCCUGGAACUCUCCCGAAACCUGCUAGAAUGUGUCCCUGACUGGGCCUGUGAUGCAAAGAAGAUAGAAAUAAUAGAUGUGAGUUAUAAUCUUCUCACAGAGGUUCCUAUGAGAAUUCUGAGUAGUUUGAGUCUUAGAAAACUGAUGAUGGGACACAAUCACAUCCAAAACCUUCCAGCGCUGGUGGAGCACAUCCCGCUUGAGGUCCUGGAUAUUCAGCAUAAUGGACUCGCCAGGCUGCCAGAUACCCUCUUCUCCAGGGCUUUAAACCUCAGAUACCUGAAUGCAUCUGCAAACAGUCUGGAGUGUUUGCCGUCUGCUUGUGCUGCCGGCGAGAGUCUGAGCGUGCUGCAGCUGCUCUACCUGACCAGCAAUCGCCUGACUGAUCAGUGCAUACCUGUCUUGGUUGGGUUCCCGCACCUGCGAGUCUUGCACCUUGCCAACAAUCAACUACAGACCUUUCCUGCAAGCAAACUAAAUAAAUUGGAGCAAUUGGAGGAACUGAACUUAAGUGGCAACAAGCUUAAGACGAUUCCCACAACUAUAGCAAACUGCAAAAGACUGCACACCCUUGUCGCACACUCCAACAACAUCAGCAUUUUCCCAGAAAUCCUGCAGCUGCCUCAGAUCCAGUUUGUAGAUCUAAGUUGCAAUGACUUGACAGAAAUACUCAUUCCAGAGGCUCUGCCUGCUACGUUACAAGACCUUGACCUGACUGGAAAUACAAAUCUGGUUCUGGAACACAAGACGCUAGACAUAUUUAGCCAUAUCACAACACUAAAAAUUGAUCAGAAACCUUUGCCAACCACAGAUUCUACUGUUACAUCAACCUUCUGGAGCCACGGACUGGCUGAGAUGGCAGGACAGAGAAAUAAGCUAUGUGUAUCUGCUCUAGCUAUGGAUAACUUUGCAGAGGGUGUGGGAGCUGUGUAUGGCAUGUUUGAUGGGGACCGGAACGAGGAGCUCCCUCGCCUGCUACAGUGCACGAUGGCAGAUGUGCUUUUGGAAGAGGUACAGCAGUCAACAAACGACACAGUUUUCAUGGCGAACACCUUCUUGGUAUCUCACAGGAAACUAGGAAUGGCUGGGCAGAAGCUGGGCUCCUCCGCCCUCCUGUGCUACAUUCGCCCUGACACUGUUGAUCCAACAAGCAGUUUUAACCUGACUGUGGCCAAUGUUGGCACCUGCCAAGCAGUCCUGUGCAGAAGUGGGAAGCCAGUGCCACUCUCUAAAGUCUUCAGCCUGGAACAGGAUCCAGAGGAAGCACAAAGAGUGAAGGACCAAAAAGCCAUCAUAACAGAGGAUAACAAAGUGAAUGGGGUAACCUGCUGUACCAGGUUGCUGGGCUGUACAUACCUCUACCCUUGGAUCCUCCCCAAGCCCUACAUAUCGUCCACUCCUCUUACCAUUCAGGAUGAGCUGCUGAUUCUGGGAAACAAGGCAUUGUGGGAACACUUGUCAUAUGCAGAAGCUGUCAAUGCAGUGCGUCAUGUACAAGACCCACUAGCAGCAGCCAAGAAGCUGUGCACAUUAGCCCAGAGCUAUGGUUGCCAGGACAAUGUGGGGGCAAUGGUGGUUUAUCUGAACAUUGGUGAGGAAGGGUGCACUUGUGAAAUGAAUGGACUGACGCUCCCAGGUCCUGCGGGGUUUGCUUCAGGCACCACCAUCAAGGACGCUCCCAAGCCAACCACUCCUUCGUCUAGCAGCGGCAUCGCCUCUGAAUUGAGCAGUGAGACAUCCACCUCGGAGGUGAGCAGUGAAGUAGGCUCUACUGCUUCCGACGAGCAUAACACUGUGGGCCUAGAGGCUGGCUUGCUUCCAAGGCCAGAGAGGCGCUGCAGCCUCCACCCAGCACCCACCUCUGGGGUAUUUCAGCGCCAGCCUUCUUGUGCGACCUUCUCCAGUAAUCAGUCUGACAACGGCCUGGACAGUGAUGAUGACCAGCCUGUUGAAGGGGUCAUGACCAAUGGCAGCAAGGUCGAAGUAGAAGUGGAUAUCCACUGCUGCAGAGGAAGAGAUCUUGAGAACUCGCCUACCCUUCGAGAGAGUUCUCCCACCCCCUGUCCUGAGGAACCUUCUAGAGGCUUGUGUUUUGGAAUCCGCAGACAGAACAGUGUGAAUAGUGGCAUCCUCCUCCCAAUGAGCAAGGACAAGAUGGAGUUACAGAAGUCCCCCUCCACUUCCUGUCUCUAUGGGAAGAAACUCUCCAAUGGUUCCAUCGUGCCCCUGGAAGACAGCCUGAACCUCAUUGAAGUGGCCACGGAAGUACCCAAGAGGAAAACUGGCUAUUUUGCUGCCCCCACUCAGCUGGAACCAGAGGAUCAGUUUGUUGUGCCUCGUGACCUGGAGGAAGAAGUAAAGGAGCAAAUGAAACAGCAUCAGGAGAGCAGACCUGAGCCCGAGCCCAGCGAAGAGGAUCGGACUGAGCCCCCGGAGGAGUUUGACACAGCGCUGUGAUUCUGCCCCUGAGCUGGCAAGUGUGAGAGGAGGCUUGCGGGGCUGGGGCGGGGACCCGUCCAGAGGCAAUUGGCCUCUGCGUUUCUAAACCAUAAAAGUGUGGGGUAGAACUCAGAGCCAAAAAGGUGAGCGCUGCCCGGGUCUGGCCCUGGGUGAGCCUGGUGAGCCAGCUGCACCUUCAGUGUUGCCCCCUCUGCCUGUGUCAGGAUUCCCGGAGCUGCUGGCCAGAGGCAGGCAGAUACUGCCGUGGGUCAGUCCUACCGCCUGCCAUUAACCCCUUCUCUCCCAGGAGGGUCUCCGAGAACUUGCCUGCCUGGGCAGGAAGGGGCUCUUUCUGUGGAGGAAGUAAUUGAAGAUUGAUUCCCUUUGCUGAUUGCUGCUGAUGGAUCUCUGCGACAGAGAAAAUCCUCUGGUCUCCCAGACUAACUAGCGGGGUGUGAUGUGACUCGUCACAUGGCUUUCACUCUUCUCUACGAGAAUACAGCCUAUCAAAAUGAUGUUUAUUGGAAAUGUAGAACCAAUCAAACAGCUAAUUUAUGUAUGUAAUGUAAUGAGAGCACUUUCACUGACUGUGAACUUUUUAUUUUUGAAUCUGCAUUCGAGCCAAUGUUAAGAUAAAAGCAGCCCAGUGCCUCUGUCCAUUAGCAGAGAGCUACACGGGGAGUUAGAGCCUUCUCUGAGGGUACUAGGCAGAGGCCUGGGAAAGUGACUUAGCUGUUGGAUGUCAGGAACUGGAGGUAGUAGAUCUUUUGGGGAUGAAGAUAGGGCAGGAGUAAGCACAAAGACUGCUUCCUCCCAAAUCAGGAAGAGAAUUGCUGUUUGACAGAUGUGACGCCUGCUAGGAGUUUCCCAGAUCCCAGGCAUUUGGGGGUUGGCUUCUUUCCCUGACAUGUGCUAGAGUUGGCAGGAGGCCUCCUAGUAGGCAGGGUGGAGGCCGACACUGCUGACAUUGAAGCAACCUUGAGUUACAGCAAAUGACUCUGAGACAGAUGGAGGCCGAGGGAGAACAGAUGAGUGGAUGGAGCUCCUAGGUUAGACUUGUUCCUUCUUUCACUGUAAAGCAGAGAGAGGGUUUUCUAGAGUGUUGGAAAUGAACUCAGAGCUCACCUGCAACGUUCAACAGUGUACUCUUCUGAAAACUGCAUAUUCACCUUACUUGGUUCCAGGGUACUGGGCUCAAUAGCAGCAUAUUGCACAUUCCAUGUAACCCUAGCAAAAUGUAAUUCCUUCUUUAUUUUUGUCACUUUUUCCAUUAGAAUAUUUACUUAGGAAAAUUAAUUACUAUUUAUUUCUAUAAAAUCUUGGCAUUGCUUGAUUUUACCUAUUAGGGAAUGUGCUUUGAAUUUUUGGAAUACUUUAACAAUUAAGAAGAAAAUAGAGUGGAACCCUUUUUGAUCUGUUUUGUCAGAAACAAAAUGUUAAAGAUAGAGUUGAAUUAUAUUCCUUUGUGUUUUGAGGAAGUGUUUGUUCAGAGCAGUAGUCAAGAACCAAGUGGCCCAUCCAGAAAUGCUGUGUGUCUUCUCUUCUCAGAGCCCCAUACCUCUUAGCAUGUGUCAGCGGUAUGCUCUUGGGGGUUCGGUACUACUCCAACAUAGUGUAAUGUUUAACCCCUCAAGAAUCGGAUCUGGGGUGUCCAUAUUGUCAGGAACACUUGACUUUCCUGUGUUGAAACUACUGGUCAGCUACUGCAAACUUUUCGAACUCAGGUCUUUGCUUUCAAAUGUGGAACAGAGUGGCUCAUACAACGAUGAGGUGCUGUUAGAAAGAUGGGAACAAAUAGUGUGUGGCCACCUUAUUUUUAUAUGGGAAAAUGGAAAAAAAAAAAAAAAAAAAAAAAAGAAGGAAAAACCCAGAUAGCAAUGGAUGAUAUAAAACAUCUUCCUCCACAGACAGCAGAACCUUUGGGUUGUAGGAUAGUGAUAUUGUCCAAAAGUGGAAAUUAUUUUGGGAACAUACCACUUUAUAAUAUAGUCUUAUAAAAGUUGUCUGUUAUCUUUGAACUCUUUUGUUGUCUUCUGUUUGUUUCCCACCCUACUCAUUGGCACCACCUCAAAACCCAGCUCUGAAAUGACCUUGACAAAAGUAACUGCAUUUGUUUUUUAGAUUGCAGAACUCUGAAAUUCCAAGGGUUCUUUGGUGUGGUAGAGUGUGUUUUAGGAGCCAGUAGGUUGUGCUAAAAACCUUUAAUAUAGAUUAUACCAAAACUGAUUAUUCUUUUUUUGCAAUCUCCUUUAAUUCAGAACCUUCUGUAGUUACUCUGUAUUAAACAGAGGGUAAAGAGGCCAUAGUCCAUUACCAAAAAAUCUGAUUUAAAAAAACUGCUGUGACCUACGACAGAUGAGGUGUUACCUGAGUAGCCCUGUUGGUGAGAAACAGUCAUCAGUCUCCAGGUGGCUGUAACCACUUUCCAGUUAGGGCUUCACUCCAAGGCUGUGUCCCCAGCGUGGGCCGAGGAUGGAUGACUUCCAGCAUGGAGAUUCUGGCCUCUGCACGAUUCUCAGGUCUCUGAAUGUACCUCCCGAUUCAUAAGGAAGUUUAAACAAACGCCUGAAAGAACACUCCUGACCAUGGGAGCAGUUCAGGAGUCCCGUGGAAGAAAGAAAAAUACAUGUGUCCUGGCAGCCAUGAUGCUCUAUUUUUAUCCAAAUGGAUUAGAAAUCUAUUUGAAAAUGUGAAUGUUGGUAUGACAUUGAGAGCUAUCGUGCUACUGGUGUCAAGUCAUUGAAUUCCACUCCUGAUCCAAGGGAGGGCUUUAUUUCACUGCUGCAGAGAGUGUGUGCAAUAAGUUGGUGAACUCGUUCUCCUGGUAUAGCAGAGCCAGCAGCUGUGACACUGGGUGCUAUUACACCUGCCGGCGCCACAUGCUGUUUCCCAGGACAUGGAGCCAGUUAGGUUUGGCCGAUCCCCUGAAUAUCAAACAAUGCUCUUCUUUCCAUGUAGACCUUCCGUAAAAGCAGGUACUGGGAAGCCACAGGCUCGCCUCCUCUACCCAACAAUUAUUAAUGAAGAGACCUCCAUAAGGGAGCACAUGGCUGUUAUCGAUAAACGUACCAGUUACUAAAGAAUUCGUCUCCAAGCCAUUUGGUGAUGUCUGCAGCAUCACUGUAGAACUGUCUUGUGUCACUUUUUACUUCCCUUUGGGUGGGGCCUUCCAGACUCUGCAGUCAUGGAAGCAAGUUCAUCUUUCUCUACAGUUAGUGACUCCCCGCUGGGUGAGUACUUCCUCGAUGGAGAAAAGCAGCUACAGCAAACCCUGCUCCGUUUCCCUCCUUUGGUGACCGACCACACAUGAGCUCCUGUCGUCUCAAGUUCAUGCUCUUCUCCCAGACACUGUAGGGUUUUCUCUCACUGGUGCCAAUGGAUGUCAUCCAGACAGUGGGCUCAUAUCUUAUGGUUUUGUGCAAUCAUUGUCGUAUUGUAGUCCUAAGACUCAUUAUAGUGUAUUUUUGAUAUUUUUGAAAUGUGUUAAAUUUUUUAAUUCAAUAAUAUGAGCCAGAGCAUGUUGCAGCAAAUCUAUUGUUUGUAAAAAAUAACAAUAACAAUAAUAAAUAAAAUAA